AUGGGAAAGAAACGGGUUUUGGCUUAUUGGACUUGUAAAGCUCUAAAAUUGCAUGUAGUGCCACUCAUAUUGGUGAUUUUGCUGUCUUCCAUGGUUUCUCAGUCUGUUGAUAUUGACUCAGAUGAAAAAGGCUCACUUUUACUGUUCAAGUCAUGGGUGCAAGAUCCUAGUCGGAGUUUGUCUAGUUGGGUUGGGUCUAACUGUAGCAACUGGACUGGAAUCACCUGCGAGAACCAGACUGGUCAUGUGGUUUCAAUUAACUUGGUGAACAUGAACUUGUCAGGCCAAAUUCACCCCAAUUUCUGCAAACUUCCUUUUCUUGAACAGUUGGUUUUGUCUCAAAACAAUUUUACAUGCCCAAUCCCCUCGUGUUUUGGUAAUAUGCAGAAUCUUAAAAGUCUUAAUCUUAGUCACAAUCGGUUUCAUGGUAUACUGCCUAACACACUCAUGAGGCUUAGCCAGUUAACAGAGCUCGUUGUGAGUGGUAACAAGGAUUUGGGAGGCAUUGUUCCUAGAUGGGUUGGUAAUUUCUCAACCAAGUUGGAGAAACUUGCUCUGGAUUCUAACUCUUUUCUAGGUGAAAUUCCUGAAGAGUUGUUGCACUUGGAGUCUUUGAAGCAUCUGGACUUUGGGAACAAUAAUUUAUCUGGUAGUCUUCCUGAUUUUCAUCAGCCAUUAGUUUUUCUCAACCUUGGCUCCAACCGGUUUUCGGGUACCUUGCCUUGUUUCUCAGCUUCAGUUCAGUCUCUCAGUGUCUUGAAUGUGGCUAACAAUGCACUUGUAGGGGGAAUACCUUCUUGUAUGGCUUCACUAACGAGUUUGACCCUUCUAAACCUUUCAUUCAACCAUUUGGCUUAUAAGAUACCACCUAGACUUGUGUUUUCAGAGAAGCUUUUUGUAUUGGACUUGAGCAACAAUGAUUUAUCAGGUCCUCUUCCAAGCAAGAUUGCAGUGACAACAGAUAAAUCAGGGCUUCUCCUUCUUGACCUGUCUCACAACCGCUUUUCGGGUGAAAUACCUUUAAAGAUAACAGAACUGAAAAGCUUACAGGCAUUGUUUCUUUCACACAAUCUUCUUGUUGGGGAGAUUCCAGCUAGAAUUGGAAACUUAACUUAUCUCCAAGUGAUUGAUCUGUCACACAACUCCUUAACAGGUUCAAUUCCACUGAACAUUGUGGGUUGUUUUCAGCUUCUUGCAUUGAAACUCAAUGACAAUAAUCUUUCUGGUGAAAUCCAACCGGAGCUUGAUGCGUUGGACGGCUUGAAGAUCUUGGACAUUAGCAACAACAAGAUUUCUGGUGAAAUCCCAUUAACUUUGGCAGGCUGUAAGUCGCUGGAGAUUGUAGAUUUCAGCUCAAACCAUCUGUCUGGAAUGUUAAAUGAUGCCAUAACCAAAUGGACAAGUCUCAGGUAUCUCUCCCUAGCUCACAACAAUUUCAAUGGAAGUUUACCAAGCUGGUUGUUCACAUUCGAAGCAAUCCAAAUGAUGGACUUGUCAGGAAACAAAUUCUCCGGUUUCCUACCAGAUGGAAACUUCAACACUAGCUUAAAUUUCAACAACAGAGGAGACAUCAGUAAAAUUCCAAAGGAACAAAGGAUCACAUGGCGUGAUUUGGGCACCAAAGUUUCAAUCUUUGUUUCUGGUAGUAGUGAACUAGGGUUCAUUUAUUUUCUAUCUUCAUUGGUUGGAAUUGACAUAUCUGGUAAUAUGCUACGUGGGGAAGUUCCUGCUGGUUUAUUUGGACUGAAAGGUUUAGAAUAUCUGAAUUUAUCAUACAAUUUUCUUAAUGGACAUGUUCCAAGUUUGGAGAAGAUGAAGAGCUUAAGAGCCUUGGACUUGUCCCAUAAUUCUUUGUCAGGUCAUAUCCCAGGAAACAUUUCCAGCCUUCAGUAUCUGACGCUUUUAAAUCUGUCAUACAACUCUUUUUCUGGUUUUGUUCCCAAGAAGCAAGCAUAUUUGAGGUUUCCUGGUGCAUUUGCCGGAAACCCAGGCUUGUGUGUGGAGUCCUCUGGUGGAGGGUGCGACUCUGAAGGCCUUCCAGUGGUUCCGGGGAAGGCCUUUGAGGACGACAACGCUGACGGCCUGAUCGCUAACGGCAUGAUUUCUUUGUGGAUUUUUGGUUUAAGCACUUCUCUUAGCUUCUACUUUGGGAUUUUUACGCUCUUUUGCUCUGCUCGAGCAAGGAAUUACAUUCUCCAGACAAAGGUUUGAGAAGAAACGAAAAGUUUUGCAGCCUACUUUUUCUUUUUCUCUAGACAACAAGUUGAGUUUUCUUGCGAUGAUCAAAUAGUCUCUCCUAAUUUGUUCUUCCAUGUUUAUCAAAAAGCUGUUUCUGAUUGUGAAAAUGCAGCUAUAUAUAUAAUUUGACAUCAAUGUUAUGAACAAGUCUUUGUAAUUAUUAUUGGAGUUCUUUACCCCCUUUUUCUAUAAAGUUGUCUAGAACUCUUGACCUGUGUACUGUAGUUAAAAGUUUGGCCAUUCCUUUA